CCCGCCGGUGCGGGAGGCGGUGCUGCACCGACUGGCUGGGCCGGGCGGCUGCGGCGUAGGCUGCAGAGGCCACUGGGGCGAGGACUGGGUGGCUGGCGGGCUGCUGUGCCCUGGAGCAGCUUCUUCGCGCGGCCCCGCACUCCCUGGUCAACAGUGGGCCACGACACUUAGUGCAUCAGUAAGCUGCGGCGGGCGCACCCUGGGGGCGGCGGCGAUCUCGGACAGGUUAGAUUGGGGGCGGGGGCAGGGGCAGGCGCGGGAGCACCCAAGGCCGGAGAAAGCCGAAUCAGACCGUCUCCAACUAUGUCCGACGAGGCGCCGGCCACCACUUCCUAUGAGAAGUUUCUAACCCCUGAAGAACCAUUCCCGCUCCUGGGACCCCCUCGCGGGGGGGGCGCCUGCCCCAGCGAGGAGCCGGGCUGCCUGGACAUCAGCGAUUUCGGCUGCCAGCUCUCCUCCUGCCAUCGCACCGAUCCGCUCCACCGCUUCCACACCAACAGGUGGAACCUAACUUCUUGUGGAACAAGUGUUGCCAGCUCAGAAUGCAGUGAGGAACUGUUUUCUUCAGUUUCUGUUGGAGAUCAAGAUGAUUGCUAUUCUCUGUUAGAUGAUCAAGAAUUCACGUCUUUUGAUUUAUUCCCUGAGGGCAGUGUCUGCAGUGAUGUCUCUUCUUCUAUCAGCACUUACUGGGAUUGGUCAGAUAGUGAGUUUGAAUGGCAGUUACCAGGCAGUGACAUUGCCAGUGGGAGUGAUGUACUUUCUGAUGUCAUACCAAGUAUACCAAGUUCCCCUUGCCUGCUUCCUAAAAAGAAAAAUAAGCACCAGAAUUUAGAUGAGCUUCCUUGGAGUGCAAUGACAAAUGAUGAGCAGGUGGAAUAUAUUGAGUAUCUGAGUCGUAAAGUCAGUACUGAGAUGGGUCUUCGGGAGCAACUUGAUAUUAUUAAAAUCAUUGAUCCUUCUGCUCAGAUCUCCCCUACAGACAGUGAGUUUAUUAUUGAACUUAACUGUCUCACAGAUGAAAAGCUGAAGCAGGUCAGAAACUAUAUUAAGGAGCAUAGCCCUCGCCAGCGGCCUGCAAGAGAGACCUGGAAGAGGAGCAACUUUAGUUGUGCGAGCACCAGCGGAGUGAGCGGUGCCAGUGCCAGUGCCAGCAGCAGCAGUGCCAGCAUGGUCAGUUCUGCAAGCAGCAGUGGGUCCAGUGUUGGCAACUCUGCUUCAAACUCCAGUGCCAACAUGAGUCGAGCACACAGUGACAGCAACCUGUCUACAAGUGCAGCGGAGAGGAUUCGGGAUUCAAAAAAGCGAUCCAAGCAGCGGAAAUUACAGCAGAAAGCCUUCCGCAAGAGGCAGCUGAAGGAGCAGAGGCAGGCCCGGAAGGAGAGGCUUAGCGGGCUCUUCCUCAAUGAAGAGGUGCUGUCCUUGAAAGUGACUGAGGAAGACCAUGAAGCUGAUGUUGAUGUUUUGAUGUAACAAGGAUGAAUUUAUCACCACUCUUUCUAAGCAUUAUUGUAUCCUUGUUGGUUUACAUGCAUCUUGACCAAAAUUUUGGUUAGGGUUGUGUGGUGUACCAUUAAUUAUUUAGGCCAGUGGUCCUCAGAGGGCGGUUCCAGGACCUGCAACUGCAAUAUCUCAUGAGAAAUUGUUAGGAGUGUGUACUAGUGGGACCCGUUCCAGACCUAGUGAAUCAGAACCACCAGGGGAGGAACCCAGCAUUUUUAUGUUAACCAGUGCCAGGUUAUUCUGAUGCACAUUCUGGCUUAAGAACUACUGGUUUAAUGUUUUGGCUGUUGAAACUUUAUGGUGAUUAAGUGGGCUUUUUAAAAAAACUAGUACUUCCACAGUUUAGGAGAUAUUCAAGGUACUGCUGACAUGUAGUUUAUUAUGUCAGAGUGUGUGUGUGUAGAGAUCAUAAUUCAGUUCUUUUCUUAAUGUUACAGUUUCUUAGUUUACUUUUUCUAAAGGGCCAUAGUAUAAUUCUCACUGGUAGAAAUCUGUUUUGAGGCAGAGAUGAGGGUUAUAUGUGUGCAAGGUAUGGAUUGCUGUUUACAAUAGUGCCUUCAUGAGGUUUAGUUCUGUUUUCAUUCAUUAUUAAUUCAAAGGUAUAAGAAUAGGCCGUAAUCUUUUUCCAUAUCAAUUUGUUUUUGUUUUAUGUAAAAUGAAUUCUUCUUUUAAGUGAUAGCUACUGAGAAAAUAACAUUACUGAUAGUUAAAUUUUAGACUUCAGGCUAUGUUGAUUAGUAUUCAAGUAGAGAAAUCAUUUAGGCAAAGCAAUCAAUUCUACUUUUCCAUUGCUUUCUGAAAAUUUAGGCUAUAAAUUGUCUCAAAGAUAGAAAAUUUCAAUCUUUCCCUCUCUCCCUCUUCUCUCCCUCUACCUCCCUCCCUCCCUCCCUGUCUUCCUCCGUACCUCAUUCUUUUUUAGAUCAUUUUCUAUCCAUCACAGCUUUAAUUUUUAAAUAUUUGGUGUAACAAGUUUUGGGAUAGAUAUAAAGAGGUUAAUGUUCAAAAUUAACCGACGAGACCCCUUAGCAUUCUGCUAAACUUCUGUGUAAAUUGCUCUAAGUAUACAGAGCGGUAAGAGAUACAAAAGAUCUUAGCUUAUGAGUUAUUAAGGAAACUCUGAACUUAAAUGUGAAAUUGUGGAAUUUCUUUCAAUGAUUUCACAGUUUGUUAAUUUAGAAAUAGUAGUUCCUUCUACCAUAUGUCUAGACAUUCACAUGAGUUAAAGAAGAUGUGAAUUGAUACUACUGACAAUCAAGCUGCUUUAUGACAUUCAUAAUUUUCUUUUUAUUGUGCGGUAAAGUUUAGGAGGUAAUCGUGGUUCUACAGGAAGAGUUGUAAUCAGUAUUUUUUUUAAACUCUAGAAUCCAGACAUUUUUUUAAAUUCUAGAAUCCAGACGUUAAUUGAUUUCUUGUUUUUUUAACAUUAGCUUUUUAAAAACAGUAACAAUUUAAACACUUGACAGAAAGGUUUAAACUUUGCUUACAAUUAGGUAUUUGGAAAGUUUGAUUUCAUUUAGGUUUCUUGAAGGUUUAAAGCCAGAAUUUCAAAUUUUACUAAAAUAAAAGUGUAUGGGUUUAUGUUUUUCAGCUGGAGUAGUGUUUUUGACUAUCUUUCUAUCCCCUCUUUGCUGUUCCUGGCCAGCUUAGAGGGCUGACGAAGAGUUUGAGAUAGACCCAAGAAUACUCAGAGGAAGGCAGAAAGAGUCAACCUUGUUUUCAUUUUUGAGUAUAGCAAGAACAAAGGGAGAGAAGUAACGAUACAUCUGAAUUCUCUGUCUGCUUUUAGCAAAAGCAAAAUUCCACAGAAUGAUCGCCUCCUCUCUUUACCUGUUCUUCAAGUGAAACAGGCCACAUUUGGACACUGCAGCAUAGCAUUUUAAUCUUUCACAUAUUGAGAAAGUAUUUGUUUGACAGUGAUCAGUAAAAGGAAAUCCUAAACAGGGUCAUGAUGUACUGUACUUUAAAACCAAUUCCUCCAUUCUCCCAACAAUCACCUAGUCUCAUUACCUUAGCUUUAAGUCAUUAUGAACAAGUUUACCAAAGUGCCACAAAGCGGAUUUUGAAAUUGGUAAAGGUUCUGUUGCUCGUAAAAGUGCGUCAUGAGAUUUUGGGUAAAUUUGGGUGCACCAUUUUUAAAGUUCUAUAGAUUAGAACCAGCCUAUAAAAUUGAUUUGAAGGAGAUUGAAAAAAAUUCUUUUGGUUAAAAAAUAAAAUGAAACAACUUGGGCUUCCUUAUGAUAUAAGAGAGAGAUUUAAAAGUCUUUAUCCCUCCAAUAAAGAAUUUAGCACAGAAAUACAUAAACAAAAGCAUCUUUUGUCUUCUGCUGUGAUAUUUAUGUGUAUUAAUGCCUCAUGUGGAUAAUUCAAGUUUAAGGGAUCAUUUUUGGACUAAGUACUAGUUUAUUCAGUCUGAUAUCUCUGAGUUCCAUUUCAAACAGGUCUAGCUCAAUAUCUUUCUCUUUCGAUAUAAAUCCAAAAUUAACCAAUUAAUAAAAAGGCAAGAAUUAUUUGUCCUGUGUUGAUUCCCAUUGUAUAGAAUUAACAUUGGAACAGAUAAGUCUCCUCUUUAAAAAUAAACCUCAACUGAAGUCAUGAUAAAGUCCCCAUAGUUUUAUCUAGAAAUAAAACUGUUAUUAGAGGUCUUUUAAUAGUAUGUCAGCCCCUACCAGCUUUUAAAAGUAUAAACCUUGAGUUAAACAAAGUGGCAUGUAUUUUUCUACAGUUUUGCAACUGAUUAAAGCAAGGCAGUGUACUAUAAUGUAUAUUGGAGUAUAUAAAGGGCCAGUUUGUUUGAUCUCAACAAGAACUUACAGUAAAGUAACACUUCGUUUGAAAUGAAACUUGUUAAAUAGCAGUUAUUUAGUCCAGUUCAUUUGUCCCUUGGGUAAAUUAGACAUUGCUAAAUUAAACCCAGAAAUGGACAUAUAAAACAGUGACUCUUUAUAGAUUGGGUGGACACCUCAUUUUGUUUAGCUUUUAAAAGUGCUAAAUCCCUUCAUAAAGGAUAAAUUACAAGCAAUUAUUAUAUAAAGGUAUCUACAUUCUGAUGAGCUUUAAAAAUUAUAAAAUUUAUCAUAUAUCUUUGUAUUUAAGCCAAAAAUGUUAGUACAUAAACAGUAUAGCAGUUUGGUUUGUUUUGUGUUUUCUGGUAGACUCUUUGUUCAUGGUUUACUCUCUGUAGCCUCAUGUGCCUUAAGAGUAGUGAACUCUACGUUUUCGUGAAUAUUAGGCUUUUCAAAAUUCAAACACAUUCAGAAUGUUAUUUCAUUGGUAGAAUGGCCAUGGUGUUUCGAUAUCAGUAAAUAAAACCAUUAAAUUAAGAGUAAUAGAGUAUAGAUCAAAACAAAAACUUUCAGAUCCCGCAUUUCAUCUGCAUACCAUUCCUUUAAUAAUCUUUUAGCUCUUCCGUCAUCAAGAAGAUGCUUGUUUGGAGUUGAUGGGGGCUACUGAAAGUCAGUUUAUAGCUUGGUAUAUUUGAUAGUAAAAUUUCCAGUUGCAUUCCAUAGUAGUGUUGAUGUUGAGUGCACUGACAUUCAACAUGUCUAAUGGGAAGUAAAAUUAAUCCCGAGGAGGACUGUUUGGAAGCAUUUGUAUACACAUGUACUGUGGUAACUUUGGAUUAGUUCUAAGUAAAAAAGCUAAGAUAAAUUUUAUCUUAAAAGUGAAGAUAGUGGUAACAGAGGGUAAGAACCAGCUGAGUGAUAUUUUGAGAUAGGCAUCUCUGUUAGCAUAGUAUCUGGAAAAUAUUCCUUACAAUCUUUGUCCUACUUCUUUGCAAAAUAAUUUACUUCUUUUAUUUUGUUUUUUUUUUUUUUUUGGUUUUUCUCCGGUACCGGGAACCGAACU